UUAACCUAUCGUCGAUCGCGAAAACGCAUGUACGAACUGGCUGCGAAAAUACCGGGGCCGUUCGAUUGGCCUUUGAUCGGAAGCAUACAUUUGGGUAUCCGGUACGGCCCACAGGAAGUGUUCGAGUACCUGCUGCAACUUCUGCACACAAUCAAAACGCCAGUCAGGGCCUGGUUGGGACCGGUACUAAUCGUUUUUUUAGACCGGCCGGAGCACAUAGCAGUGAUUCUAAAUUCCCAACACUGUGUCAAACGAUCGAAAUUUUAUAGCUUUUUUCGUUUUGAAAAAGGCGUCCUAAAUUCCGAACCAAAUCUAUGGCGACUGCUGCGUAAGCGAUUGAAUCCAACUUUUUCUUCGACGAUCGUCAACAAUUUCGUGCCGGUUUUUAAUGAACGAGCGGAUAAACUGGUGAUGAAUCUCGAAGCAUUUGUCGGCCAGGAAGCAUUCGACAUGCUGCCUAAGGCAAGUUGUUAUUCACUGUCCGCGAGCCUGCUGAACUUGCUCGGAGUUAACGUACGCGUUGAUGACACCGACUAUCAAGAACAAAUGUGGUUAAUUAUGUGGGGUAGAAUAUACAAACCAUGGAAUCACUUGGAUUUUAUCUAUCAGUUUACGAAUAACUUCAAGAAAGAAAGAAACCACAUACGGAAAUUGCGAGAACUUUCAAAUGAGAUUUACAAUGAGCGCCAAUCGAAGAAAAAUGUACAAAUGAUAAACCAGCAGGAGAAAGUGUCUGUUCAGCAAGAUACACUAAUCCAGAGGUUGGAAAGAAUGGCAAUCGAUACACAGGAAAUUGAUAAAGACGUUUUGAUGCACAAUAUUGACACAUUCUUGUUUGCUAGUAAUGACACAACUUCUAGUGUAAUAGCGACUACCCUACUGAUGAUGGCUAUGCACCCAAAAGUGCAAGACAGGGUUCACCAAGAAGUAAAAGUAGUGAUUCCUCCCAAUGGCUACAUUGCAGUCGAAAAUCUUUCCUCGUUGGAGUAUCUGGAAAUGGUGAUCAAAGAAUCAAUGCGACUUAUACCAGUAGGAGCGCUGAUUGGACGGAUUUGCGAGCGGGAAGUUCAGAUUGGAGAGUGGACCUUACCGGCUGGAACGGAGGUCAACAUACCUAUUUUUAAACUGCAUCGAGAUAAAACGAUUUGGGGCGAUCGCUCGGAGGAAUUCGAUCCGGAUAAUUUCCUACCCGAACGUUGCUCUCAAAGACAUCCCUACUCCUACCUUCCAUUUAGCGGAGGCAUACGAAACUGUAUCGGAAUGAAGUACGCCUGGGUAUCGUUGAAAAUAGCGCUAGUGAAGCUAAUCCAGCAAUACAAAUUUACAACGGAUCUGACACUAAAAGACAUUAAGUUUCAAGCAGCACUCGUGUUAAGCAUCACCAAUCGGCACAUGAUGCGAAUAGAGCGCAGAACAUAA